CACAUACACAAACAUGUCAAACACAUUUACAACACUUGCUUGCAUAAGCAUCUAAGACAUGGGAGAUCAUGGCAAGGUCAACCUCCCUCCUGGUUUUCAUUUCUGCCCUACUGAUGAAGAACUAGUCCUUCACUUUCUCCAUCCCAAGGCCUCCCGCUUGUCGUGCCACCCGGAUUUCAUUCCUGUUCUUGAUUCUUAUCCUCUUGAUCCAUGGGAACUUGAUGGGAAGGCAUUGGCAAGUGAAAACCAGUGGUAUUUCUUUGGCCAAAUGAUGCAGAAUCAAGCAAUAACGACUACAAAUGGGUUUUGGAAGCAACUAGACAUUGAGGAACCUGUACUUUCUAGUACUACUAACAGGACAGUUGGUAUGAAGAGAAAUCUUGUGUUUUACAUCAAUGAUGGAGCUCAAGGAGGCAUAGAAACCAAUUGGGUUAUGCAGGAAUAUCGACUUUGCAACUAUGGAUCAAGUAAUUCACUUUACAAUAAAAGAAAAAUGCCAAAAAAAUCGGAAGGUAAUAACUUGGUUCUAUGCCGAGUUUAUGAGAGGAAAAGCGAUUCACAGAGCUUCUGCUACAACAAUGAAGACGAUGAUGACGAUGGAACUGAACUUUCAUGCCUGGACGAAAUGUUCUUGUCUCUAGAUGAUGAUCUUGAUGAUAUAAGUUUGCCAAAUUAAUUAUAUUUUAUGGUUUUUUCUUCUUUAUUUAUUUUGGAUAUGGUAGGCUCAAAAUAUGCUUGUGUUAAUUAACAUGUAUAUUAAAAAAGCUUUUGAUUAAAUGUGGUGGGCUAUUACCUUGUGUCUCAAAGCCAUUGGUU